GCGUCUGCGAGGCCGCCCCCGAGAGGUCGCAUCGCAACGCGCCCCCUCCGCCGCUGCCGCGAUGGCAUCCGUGGCCGCAGCGCUGCGGGCGGGCCCUGGCCGGGCGGCCCCGCGCGCGCGCGGGGGCAGCACCGCCGUGCGGGGCCAGGGCGCCACGACCGCGGCGUUCUGGGGCAGGCUGAGGGCGGCGCAGGAGCGCAGAAGACGGUGCCGCGCGUGGUCGGCUCGGGCCAGGGAUCCCACCUCGAGAUCGGGGGGAGGCCGUACCUGAACUUCUGCUCCAGCCACUAUCUGGGUUUCGCCGAGGAGCCCCGCCUGAAGAAGGCCGCCCAGGACGCCAUCGAGAAGUACGGGCUGGGGACCGGCUAUCGCACCCUGUCGGGCACUCACGCGCUGCACGUCGAGCUCGAGGAGAAGCUUGCGCGGUUCAAGGGAACGGAGGCUGCCGUGUGCUUCUCUAGUGCCUACGCGGCCAACGCGUCCGCGGUUCAGACGAUCUUGGGCAAGGAGGACAUCGUGGUCAGCGACCAGCUGAAUCACGCGUCCAUCAUCGACGCUGUGAGGGUGGCUGGAGUGCAAAACAAGUUUGCGUAUGCGCACUCCGACAUGAGCGACCUAGAAUCAAAAUUGAUCGCUGCAGCAGAGCUUCAAAAGAAGCCCAAGUCGAACGGAGAGCACCCCCUCAUUUUAAUCAUCACAGACGGUGUGUUUUCAAUGGAUGGAGAUUUGGCCAAGCUGCCCAAGAUUGUUGAGCUGGCGAAGAAGUACGAUGCUCUCACGAUGGUGGAUGACGCCCACGGAGAGGGCGUGCUGGGCAGAGGUGGGCGGGGCAUCGUGAAUCACUUUGGGCUCGAGGGCGAGGUGGACAUCGAGAUCGGCAGCUUGUCCAAAGCGUUCUCCGUCAUGGGCGGCUUCAUUGCUGCAAAGCAGCCCCUGAUCGACUGCUACCUCAUGCAAGCUCGCCAGCGGCUGUUCUCGAUUGCGCUGACCAUCCCAGACACUGCUGCAUUGCUGGAAGCCGUGAACAUGCUGGGCGAGUCGGAGCACCUCGUGCAGAAGUUGUGGGGGAAUGUUGCGUACUUGCGCAAGGGAUUUACUGAUCUGGGAUUUGAUAUAGGCCAUUCCGAGACACCCAUCAUCCCUGUCAUGCUCGGCGAUGAGGAUCGCGCAAAGCAGUUCAGCGCGAGGCUGUUCGAGGAGGGCGUCUUUGCCUCUGCAAUUUGUUUCCCAAUGGUUCCCAGGGGCACGGCAAGAGUCCGUGUCAUUGUUUCGGCCAGCUUCAGCAAGGACGAUUGCGAUGCUGGCUUGGCAGCAUUCGAGAAGGUUGCUGCAGAAGUCCUGCGGUAA